AUGUCCCGGAUACAAAUCCCAGUCGACAUCCUCACGUCACGGCUUAACCUCUCGGAUAAGUUUGCCAGCGUGAGGGCCCAGUCUAUUAAAUCCCGAUUCGCCAACCUCAAGCCGAUCUCUGAGUUUCUCGAUCUAAAGAGGCUCUCGAAACCUGCAAACUUCGGCGAAGUCCAGUCGCGGGUUAACUACAACCUGGGACACUUCUCUAGCAACUAUGCCGUCAUCGUUAUCAUGUUGAGUAUCUAUAGCUUGCUCACCAACUUCCUCCUCCUAUUCGUCAUCAUCCUCGUUGUUGGCGGCAUGUGGGGGAUUGGAAAGCUCGACGGCAGUGAUCUGGAUAUUGGCUUCCUCCGUGCAACCUCGUCACAACUCUACACUGGUCUGCUCGUUGUUGCCGUUCCUCUUGGCAUUUUUGCAUCACCAAUUUCAACUAUCCUCUGGCUCAUCGGCGCAAGCGGAGUCAGCAUUUUAGGACACGCCUCGUUCAUGGACAAACCGAUCGAUGAGGCUUUUUCUGGGGAGGCGGGGAGCAGGAGGCGAAAACAGUGGGAGCGAGAGCGAGCGUUGUGGGAGGACGAGAAUCGAGUGGAGGAGCUUGAUAGUGAUGAUACGGAUACACAAGGCGUUGGGUUGAGUUUUGGGAAAAAACGAUUUGCUAGCGAUCCACUUGAAUUUACUGGAAUAGACUUGGCCAUGGAAUCUAGGGCCAGAAGGGGUUAUGCUUUUGAUGACGGAGAGUCCUCCUCAGAGGACUCUGAAGAAUCUGAAAAUGAAGGGACCAAUGCAUUGCAGAUAGCUCUCCGGGACAAGGAGGAAGCGCUUGUACAAUCUGCGCUUCGUCGGAUUCGCCGCGCCCAGGAAAAAGGAAAACGGGAGGUGAAACUUAAUCAAGAUGAGUUGGAUGCUUUGGAGAAGAGACGCAAGCGGAUGCAAGCCUCGAAUACCAAAGCAAAGAAAGAAAGCCGUUCGAGUGGUGGGAGUGGAACUGAAAAGAAACGGCGGAGUGACCGCAGUUUGAUAACCGUACCACUUACUGGAGAACCCAGUGGUCGGAAGAGGGCCAAAUCUAGGCUGGAAGAACCUCCAAAUCCACCUGGCUUAAUUGAGGGACCCGACGGUCUCACAUAUGCCCCGGUAGGCUACUACCCGGUACAAGCAGCGACCCGAAACUCUCCUUCCCGUCCUCGGUCCGCAUCUUCUCAACAGCUCCAGGGCACAGGGCGCCCAUCAUCAUCAUAUCAAACAGGACAAAUACCCCGCCACUUUUCUGAUGGUAUGCGUCCGACCUCAUCCUCAAGUACUAGCUCCCGCCGCCCCUUACCGGACGAUGAAGACUGGAUUCCGGGCAGCUCCCGACGAAGCUCGGUUUCCUCUCAAUCCUUCCCGGUCGACCCUUUCGAAUAUCAAACCUCUGAGCAGCCACCACCUAUACCCCAGCAAUACAUGCAACAAGGGCGUCGCAUCGUUUCUGGUCCUCCUGAAGUCUCCUACUCCUCCCUUCGACGCAGUCCACCCUUCGGAACCAGCUAUCCUGCUGCAGCCAGGUCUUCAGGUUCCGAUCCUGCUCUGCGGUUGAGAGAUACCUACCGUGAUGAUCUUGCCGCAGCUACUUCGGAGGAUGAUGAUGACAGCGAUGACUUGGGAAAUGGAGUGCAGGUUUUUGUGGAGGAGCGGGGCCCCGAAAGGGAGAGGACUGUCAGUAGAAAGCCAGUGAGCAGUGGAAAGAAAAAAGGGAAGAGAUAA